AUGUUUUCGGUAAAUAUAUAUUCGAGCAAACAGCAGCAUCGAGUUUAAAUCUUAAAGAAUAUAUGACAUUGAUAGUGUGGAAAAAGAAAGAUGAAAGAUUCACUUUUCGUUAUUCGUUGUUUUUAGACAGCAGUGAGCAGAGUUGUUCGACGUUCAUUUUCAACAUCAAAAUGGAGUGGCGCACAGCAGGUAAAAAUCAUCAUUGUUUAAAUAUUUUUCGUUGUCACUUGUUCGGGCAUAACCUAUUCUUACUUUGACAAGAUUGUAUUCCCGUGUAGUCGCUUCUUGUCGCUUAAUAAAAAUACCCCUCGUGAAGUUCUUCGUUUCUUUUGUUUGAUAGAUUUCGUUCAGUUGAUACUGUUCAUUUAACAAAUUAAAUGAACUGAUUCUUACAUGUUGAAGGACAAUAAAGGUCAUCUAUUCCCGAUACCAAUUAUUCGAUUGUGACAGACAUUUGAGAUUAGGAUAAAAAUUCGUACUAUACGUUGUUCAUAAUGAUUCGAUUGCUAUCGAAAAAAGGUAACAUUGGACUUUAAUUUUUUUUGUUGUUGCCAAUCUCACAAUCUUAAUGCAGAUGACAGUUCGGGAUGCUCUAAAUUCAGCCCUGGAUGAAGAAAUGGAAAGAGAUGAAAAGGUGUUUUUGCUCGGUGAAGAAGUAGCAUUGUACGAUGGAGCUUAUAAAGUGUCCAGGGGCCUUUGGAAAAAAUAUGGAGAUAAACGUGUUAUUGAUACUCCUAUUACCGAAGCCGGAUUUGCUGGUAUAGCUGUUGGAGCAGCUAUGGCUGGCUUACGUCCUGUAUGUGAAUUUAUGACAUUCAAUUUCUCUAUGCAAGCUAUUGAUCAAAUUAUUAAUUCUGCUGCUAAAACGUUUUACAUGUCUGCUGGAAGAGUAAAUGUACCAAUUGUUUUUCGUGGACCCAAUGGUGCAGCAGCUGGAGUAGGGGCACAACAUUCUCAAUGUUUUGGUGCUUGGUAUAGUCAUUGUCCUGGUUUAAAAGUAGUAUCACCUUAUAAUAGCGAAGAUGCAAAAGGAUUAUUGAAAGCUGCCAUCCGAGAUCCAGAUCCAGUAGUUGUAUUAGAAAAUGAAAUAUUAUAUGGUGUUCAGUAUCCUAUGUCUGAUGAGGCUUUAUCAAAAGACUUUCUUCUACCAAUUGGUAAAGCAAAGAUUGAACGUGUUGGUAAACAUGUUACAUUAGUGGCACAUUCCAAAGCAGUUGAGCAAGCUCUUGAAGCAGCAAAUGAGCUUGCGGGAAAAGGAAUAGAAGCAGAAGUAAUAAAUCUUAGAUCUUUAAGACCAUUAGAUAUAAACACCAUUGUGCAAUCAAUAGUAAAAACAAAUCAUUGUUUAACUGUGGAACAAGGCUGGCCACACUGUGGCAUUGGAGCGGAGAUUAGUGCUAGAAUUUCAGAAAGUGAAGCAUUUUAUCAUCUCGACGCACCGGUAACUCGCGUCACUGGUGUUGAUACGCCUAUGCCUUAUACCAAAACAUUAGAAAUCGCGGCCCUGCCGCAAAUGAGUGAUAUUGUGUUCGCAGUAAAUAAAGUACUAGGGUUGGAGUAACUAUUUAUAUAAAUCUUUAGGUAAAAUUAGAACUUCCUCUUUGUUUCUCCCUUGAGUUUCAUAUGACCUUUAUAUCCCUUUAUGACCUCCCAUAAGUUUCACAUGAGGUAGAAAGUAAGUACAAAGUUUAACAAUAAUAAGAUAAUUAGUAAAAAUUUGUUCUUAUCGAUGGAAAAGAAAUUCAAUCCACAGUACUUGUAUGCACAUCUGUAGAUGUAAAUAUAAUCAAGUGACGUGUGUAUGUAUGUGAAUAUAUGACUUCAAUGCGUGCAAGCUUGUGCAGUUAUAUAUGUUGAUUCGAAAUAGUGUAACUAUUUAUUGAGACGAAUUGACAUUAUUGCUUGGAUAAGUAUCAGAAUAUUCUUCUUUAUUCAUGAAAAUAAAAUUAUUUAAAUACUGCCAUAUCAAUAAAUUCUAUUAUGAAUUAAUCUUUUAUUUUAAAUUGUUCUCAAACAACUUUCCAAUGUAUAAAAAAUAAAUAGAUAAAAUUGUAAAUUCUUUGCGUGUAUGAAAUGAACAAAUAAAUGUGCCGCAUUUGUUUAUUAAUCAUUUAUUAUGAAAACUUAAUAAAUUCCAAUAUAAUUACAAUUUUCUCUAUUUGUUUCAUGCUCUAUUGUCAUCAUUCACUCUAUUUGUCAUCAUUCCCAAUUGCGUUAAUUUUUUGUAUUUCAUUUUCUUCAUCUGUUAAUAGUCAUGUAUGAUACAUACGCAAUAAACAACAUGUAACAACAGUCAUAUAACGCUCAAAUGCAUCUCUCAAUUCAUUAUCCCUGAUAAAUUAAAUAUUCAAAGUAGAUGAAAUUAUAUUAAAAUAUUUUUUUUUAUAUAAAUAUAUAAAAUUUAAAUAUAGUAAUAAUUUAUAUUUAAAUAUAGUAAUAUAUUUGAUUUCUACCUAAGUACAUCCAUAUCCAGUGCACAUUGA